AUGGUGCUUUUCCAGUUGAAUCCGGACGAUGCGUACCUCAGCUUAACGCGGGAAGACAUGCAAUCUCUCAAAAAUGACUGGUUGACGGAUAAUAUAAUUUCCUUCUGGGAAGAGUAUCUGGAGCGCGAGUUCCUGGUACAAUAUAAACACUCGAAUAUUGUCCUCCUCCGGCCAAGCAUGUCGUUCAUGAUCUUGCAAACCCCCAACCCGCACUCCUUGCGCGAAGCCCUUCCGGACUUCUCCCGCACGACGCACGUAUUCCUGCCCAUCAACGACUGCCGCAACGUGACCGAGGCUGAAGGCGGCACCCACUGGUCUCUGCUGCUGAUCUCCAUCGUGGAUGGCGUCGCCUUCCACUACGACUCGCUGCCGCCUGGUAAUUAUUGGGAGGCGCGACAGGUGACGAUGAAGUUCGGGGCGCUUCUCGGACGGCCGAUCAGGUAUAUUCAUCUGGAAGACUCCCCUGUGCAGGAGAACGGCAGCGACUGCGGGGUAUUUGUGUGUCUGAGCAUGCGCCAUCUGCUGCUGAAGCGGUUGUUGACAGCCAACGCGAACGAGAAGGUCAGCAUGAGUCUCGGAGGCCGAAAGGUGGACGCGCGCGCCGGGCGCAAAGAGAUCGCGAAGAUUAUCGAGGGCUUCCGGAAAGAAGGGGAGCGACGGAGAUCGUACGUUGACCUAUUGGUUUAUAUCACGCGAGUCUUAGCCCGUUAG